GCCGCAUUCGUAGGAGCCGCCGCCGCGGUAGAGCAUGAGCGGGGCCGCGGAGAAGCAGUGCUCCGGAGCGGGGACUCCCGCCGCGACGGAGAAAGCGGCGGUCGGGGGAGACGCGGGGCCGGAGCCGCCGCCGCCGCCUUCGAUGCUGAGCGUGGACGUGACCGGCUUGGUGUCGCAGUUCGCCAGGAGCUUCGUGCUGAUCUUCCCCGUGUACGUGCUGGGCUACCUGGGGCUGAGCUUCAGCUGGGUGCUCAUCGCCCUGUGUGGGCUCUUCUGGAUCCGGCGGCACCGCGGCGGCAAGACCUCCCGCCUGGGCCGGGCGCUCGCCUUCCUGGAGGACGAGGAGGAGGCGGUGCGGCUCAGCGUCUCCUCCGCCGAUCUGCCUGCGUGGGUCCAUUUUCCAGAUACAGAAAGAGCAGAAUGGCUCAACAAGACUGUAAAACAAAUGUGGCCUUUUAUUUGCCAAUUUAUUGAGAAACUCUUUCGGGAGACCAUAGAACCAGCAGUAAGAGGAGCAAACAACCACCUCAGUACCUUCAGUUUCACGAAGAUUGAUAUUGGUCAUCAGCCUCUGAGGAUAAAUGGUGUAAAAGUGUACACUGAAAAUGUGGACAAAAGGCAGAUCAUUUUGGAUCUUCAGAUCAGUUUUGUUGGAAAUUGUGAAAUUGAUUUGGAAAUCAAGAGAUACUUCUGUAGAGCUGGUGUAAAAAGUAUACAGAUCCAUGGUACUAUGAGGGUUAUCCUGGAACCACUAAUUGGAGACAUGCCCCUAAUUGGAGCACUAUCACUUUUUUUCCUUAGGAAACCUCUUUUAGAAAUAAACUGGACUGGACUGACCAAUCUUCUCGAUGUUCCAGGGCUGAAUGGCUUAUCAGACACGAUAAUAUUGGAUAUAAUAUCCAACUACCUGGUUCUUCCAAACAGAAUUACAGUCCCCCUUGUCAGCGAAGUGCAGAUUGCUCAGCUGCGGUUUCCUAUACCGAAGGGUGUUGUAAGGAUACAUUUUAUUGAAGCUCAGGAUUUGGAGGGUAAAGAUACCUACCUAAAAGGGAUUGUCAAAGGCAAGUCAGAUCCUUAUGGAAUCAUUCGUGUGGGCAACCAGAUUUUCCAAAGCAAGGUCAUCAAAGAAAAUCUCAAUCCAAAAUGGAAUGAAGUUUAUGAGGCCUUAGUAUAUGAACAUCCAGGACAGGAGCUAGAGAUUGAGCUCUUUGAUGAAGAUCCAGACAAAGAUGACUUCCUUGGAAGUUUGAUGAUAGAUUUAAUUGAGGUUGAAAAGGAGCGACUUUUAGAUGAGUGGUUUACUUUGGAUGAGGUGUCCAAAGGAAAACUGCAUUUAAAACUGGAAUGGCUCACAUUGAUGCCAACAGCAGAAAACCUGGACAAGGUAUUAACAAGCAUUAGAGCUGAUAAAGACCAAGCCAAUGAUGGGCUGUCUUCUGCAUUGCUGAUUCUCUACCUGGACUCAGCAAGAAACCUGCCCAGUAUCUACGAGGGAAACUUUGGGUGUGGAUACUUAAAAGAGAGGAGAGCAUCGGGACUAGUCUUUUGUGAAAACACUACCUCACUCUAUAGAGCACUAUUUUCAGGAAAGAAACUAAACAGCAAUCCCAACCCGCUUGUUUUGCUGUCAGUUGGACAUAAGGCACAGGAAAGUAAGAUUCGAUACAAGACCAAUGAACCAGUAUGGGAGGAAAACUUCACUUUCUUUGUACACAAUCCCAAAAGACAGGAUCUUGAAGUUGAGGUGAGGGAUGAACAGCACCAAUGUUCUCUAGGGAACUUCAAACUGCCUCUAAGCCAGUUGCUGGAGAGUGAAGAUUUGACGAUGCAUCAGCGGUUCCAGUUGAGCAACUCUGGUCCAAACAGCACUAUAAACAUGAAGAUUGCACUCAGGGUCCUUUCUCUUGAAAAGCAAGCAAGAUCUCCAGAUCAUCAACACUCAGCACAAGUGAAAAGGCCGUCUGUUUCCAAAGAUGCAAGAAAAUCAUCUUUUAAGCCUCAGGUUCCUGUCUCACCACCGCUCGACUCAAGCAAACAUGCUCCAGCUUCCCCAGCGACAGACGGUGAUAAAAAGGCUGAUGUGGCUGAAAAGAGCCAUCCUCCUAAUGCGAGCCCACAAUGGCCAACAGAUCUCAGCCGAAGUUCCUCUAGUCUUCAUGCCUCUAACUUCAAUUAUUCUCCCAGCCAUCUCUCAGUCAAAGAACCAACUCCUAGCAUAGCCUCAGACAUAUCUCUGCCCAUUGCCACACAGGAGCUCCGGCAAAGACUACGGCAACUUGAAAAUGGAACAACUCUGGGGCAGUCUCCGUUAGGACAGGUACAGCUAACAAUUCGUCAUAGUUCACAAAGAAACAAAUUGAUCGUGGUGGUGCAUUCCUGCAGAAAUCUAAUUGCAUUUUCAGAAGAAGGAUCUGAUCCAUAUGUUCGAAUGUAUUUACUGCCUGAUAAGAGAAGAUCGGGAAGAAGAAAAACACAUGUAUCAAAGAAGACAUUAAACCCAGUGUUUGAUCAAAUAUUUGAUUUCAGUGUUUCCCUGCCUGAAGUACAGAGAAGAACACUCGAUGUAGCAGUGAAGAACAGCGGUGGUUUCUUGUCCAAAGACAAAGGGCUUCUUGGCAAAGUACUGAUACCUCUGGCAUCUGAAGAACUUGCUAAAGGCUGGACCCAGUGGUAUGAUUUAACAGAAGAUGGUACAAGACCACAUGGCGUGAGCUAGGCCCAUGGAUGCUGGCAAUUCCCCACACCUCCUUUUGCCAACCUUUAUAUAUUUUUAAAGCAUUGUUCUCACAGAUGUACCAAUAUUAUUUUUAUAGCUUUACCAAUUUAGUUGUUAGACACAUCCCCAAUAAUUUUAUAACGCUCGGCCAUUUUAUGUAGACAUAUCCUUUCUCACUGUUAAACUUUGCAUUUUAAUUUGCUCCACAAUUUUACGUGUUACUGUCAUGUGCAAUAAUACAGUAAUGUAACCUUUGUGUUUAAAUUGGUCUUUAUGGCAGUUAUACCAAUUAGAAAGUGAAAAGAUGUUCUGCUGUUUUCCUGCCUUGUUUUAUAUCUCACCAAGAUAUACUGUACUAUGUAAAUAUAUACUAUUUUUUUAUAAUUCUUUCAUGCUGGUUUGAAUUGAGAAGAAAAUUGGAUAAAGGAUAUAGAUAUUUUCUUGUAAAUGCAUGUUAAUUUCUUCAAAUGAAUCUCUUUUGUCUUUGCAGCACAAUGGUCUUAAUGUUUAUCAUUUUGUGAUAGUCUUCAAAAACAAAGUGCAGAAAAACGUUUUUACUUUAUCAUGCUUCUGGCCCGGCGUGGCAAACUUAAAAUGUACAAAACAUUAACAUUUUAAUAUUUAUAUAUAAAUGUAUUAUUCAAAAAUCAUGCUAUAGAAUAUUAUAAAGAAAAAGGAAAAUUCUAUAAAUAUUGUAUAAAAAGAGGUCCAUGAAUCAGUUUAUAAAUUUGAGCUUUCAUGUAAUGCACUAAACAUUACAAACUGUGGAGUUUUAUUAUACAGGUUCAUUGGGUUUUGUUAUUUAUUCCUGCACUCUACAGUACUAGACACUCUGCAGACAUGAGAACAGGGCUUUGUCUGUAUUACAAACAGAAUCUCUAGCUGUUCAGAACUGUCCUUGCUGCCUUGUUUCUCUGAUAAGGUAUACAAAUCAGCUUGCAUUGUAAGUUCAUAUAGUGGGCAUAUGUACAAAACAUGUUAUUUUUAUUAUACAGUGCUGUGCUAAAUAGUUAUUAUGCUGUACCUUCUCUAAUACUACAGUGGAACACCAGUAUGUAAGGAAGUGUGAAAGUGAAUUGAAACUGUCUUUACAGUUGCCUCACUGCUACUUACUGUGCUUGGUGCAUGGAGUGGUCCACACAGCUUUCUUGAGAAAUCAUGGCAUGGUGCUGAAGCAUUGCCACAGUCUGUGCAAGAGCAGCAGUGACACGGCUAGCACAACCUGAUGAAAGUAGACAUUGGGAGUUGAAGGAAGAGCAUCAGCCUCAAGAGCUGAGCUCACUGCUCUAGUUUUAUGAAUUAAGGGGAACUUUUUUGUAACCAGAACUAGUUUUCUUGACUGUUAUAUUAAAAAAAAAAAGUGCAUUAUGAAUCCAAGAGAACAGUUUGGCUCCUUCAGAGCCAGCAGCCUCCUUCUUGGAUGAGUAUGCAAGUAGACAGACAAAGUAUGUUGUUUAGUUUAAGAUUCUAGAAUGAUCUCUCAGCCAAGAAAGAAUUUUAAAGCAGAAUAAUAAACUCCUGAAAUUAGCUUUAUUGUAAAAGUACUGACAGAACCUUAAUUCUAGAUGUAGAAUAUGCCUACAUGACUAGAUGUACCAAAGUGCCUACCAUAGAUGUAGCUUUUUGUCAUUUUCCAGUUUAAGAAUUUGACUCAUUUCAGUUUGUCUGAAUUUGGUUUGGUAGAACAUUUGUCAGAUGACAUACAUACAUCUCUAUACAGUGAUGGCCUUUGUAUUGUCACAGUUCGAAUAAGACAAUUUUAGUAAACAAGCCUGAUUGUAAGAAAACAUUUCUUUUUGAAGGCUUCACUCUAUAUCACAAUGUAUGAGUGUCUCUAUAUGUGUAUACACUCAUCUGUUCAUAUUAGAUUCUCUUUGCUAGUUCUCCAUUAAAAUGUUGGGAAUGGAAAGACAGAGAAUGAUUGUUAAUGCUGUUGAAAUGCAGAGAAGUGAAAGCUGCUGUAACUAAGAGAUGCACAUGCAGUCGUUCAGCACAGCUGUCUUUGCCUUGGUUCAGCCAGAGGUGGACGGACUUUGGUUCUGCAUCUUGGCCAACGACUCACCGGUUUCAUCCCUAGCCUACAAAUAAGUCAUUAGACUGAUUUGGUGUUUCAAGGUAUAAGUGAGCUGUGAGGACAGAUGUUAGAUGUUUCUGCACUUAAACAAAAAAGAGUGUGUAUUUUGUCUUCUGAAGUCUCCAGAGGAAAAGAUGCAGUGUUUGGGUAAAUGCAAGGUGAUAUCACAGAGUGAAGACGUGGAUAAAUUAUGUAGAAUAGGUUUUCAAAAUAGCUCGGGACCCCACGUUAGGAAUAGGAUCUCAAGAGAAGUGCAGUUCCUAAUUAACAAUCUUAAAUGGAUAGAUUUUUAUUUUUUUUUGGUAAUUCAACAACAGUAUUUUCAGUUGACAGUAAUCAUUUGUGGAUGAUCUUUAUUUAGAAGAGUUCUCCCCUGUGAAUUUGGAUCAGAAUGUAACUGGCUGUUCUAGAUAAUGGAAUCAAACCUCUGUAUCAUAGUUACAAAGUUCUAAGUGUUCUGUUUGUGUGGAAGAAGAAAGGACAAGCACUUUUCCUCUGGACGGAUAUUGCACCUCAUUAUCAAGUCAAUGUGUUUAAUAUCAACUGAUCUCUGUUCACGUAGUUCUUGUUUAUUCUGUGCCUUAAAAUAUGAACGUAUGAAGAAGUUUAAGAAGUGGCUAAAACUGAGCUUUGUUACCUGUAUGUACCAACAUGUUCUCUACUGCUGAAACUGUUUUUAGAAUAACUGCUUCACUGAUGAGAAAACCAGCUCUCUUUUACCACGGUGGCAUAGCCCAAACUCAAAUCAGCAUGCAUAUCACAUGAGUUUGGAAUAAAAGAAUUUUAAUUUUGUCUUGAAUUCUUUAUCAGAGCUGCAGCUAAUGGUGAGAGUUGAAUGAGAACAAAGGGUAAUUAAUUUUGUACGGAUUGCCUUUUUUGCUCAUGUAAUUCUACAUUAUGAUGCAUGUAUUUAUUCAAUAAAUGGUUCAUAUGGAA